UCUGAUUGGUCGCCCGUUUGCCUCGUCUCUUCUUCAUCGGUGAGCCCAUUGAAAGCGCUCUAGUCGGCUCAUGUUAAAACGACCAGCCCGCCUGUGCCUUAUCAACUCUCUUCUUAUUCGCAUGAUGACAACCAUACAGGAGACAAAGGAGCUGUUCAGGAGAGCAGAUGCUGUGUGCUUUGAUGUGGACAGCACAGUCAUCAAAGAGGAAGGCAUCGAUGAACUCGCCAAGUUCUGUGGUGUGGGGGAUGCAGUCAGAGAAAUGACUUGUAAAGCCAUGGGAGGCUCGAUGACGUUUAAGAAGGCCCUUACUGAACGACUUUCCAUCAUCCGAUGUUCCAGAGAACAAGUAAACAAACUAAUAACUGAUCACCCACCUCAGCUGACGCCAGGCAUAAAGGAGCUUGUAGACCGUCUGCAUGAGCGCAACAUAAAGGUGUUCCUCAUUUCUGGUGGUUUUCGUUGUAUCGUCGAACAUGUGGCCUCUCAGCUAAACAUCCCUCUGCAUCACGUCUACGCCAACAGGCUUAAGUUCUACUUUAAUGGUGAAUAUGCCGGUUUUGAUGAAACUCAACCCACAGCUGAGAGUGGGGGGAAAGGUAGAGUGAUCAGCAUGCUGAAGGAGGAGUAUGGGUUCAAAACAGUGGUGAUGGUUGGAGAUGGAGCCACCGAUCUGGAGGCCUGCCCCCCUGCUAGCGCUUUUAUUGGAUUUGGGGGGAACGUCGUCAGAGCUCAAGUCAAGGAGAGGAGUUCCUGGUACGUGACGAGCUUCGAUGAGCUGCUGAAGGAGCUGGAGAAGAUUUAAAUGUUCUAGAAGAUUUCUGUUCCUCACUUAACCUUUUUAUAUUUGCACCCAAAGGUGUGUCAGUCAAGCGUUUAUGACACUCAAUAGAUUUUUAUACUAAAAACACAUAUUUAAACUUAAGACUAAUCUUUUGUACUAAAAAAGUAACCAAACACCAUGUGGGUGGACAUAAAAAUUGUACUAGUGUUUUUGCACGUUUCACAUGGAACCUGAAAACUUGUAGCUGUUUUAUUCUGGCAUGUGCAAUGAGAGCCUUAUUAAAAAUGUGUUCAGUACUAAGUCGCAACUUCGAUCUUUUAAAGAUUGUUAAAAAUAAAGACAAGGAAGUGCUGUAAAGGAUGUCGGAAUAACUAUUUAUUUUCUCCCCCCUCCUAAUAUUUCUGCUUAAAAUGAAAGUGAUAAACAUGGAUCCUUUAAAUCAGCCAUUAAUACAGUAGAAAGCAGCAUUGCUCCAUCCAGAUCCCCCUCAAUCACUGAUGGAGGGCAUGUUCCCACAUUUUUUAUUUUUUUUUUUAAAUCACCUUUAGAUGUUUGAUUAAAAACGGAUUUUAAAACCCGGCAUGCCGUCUCCGCAGGAAAAGAAAAGUUACGAAAACGGCACCAGGAAAAGCCAACAAUAUAAGAAAAAAAAAA